AGUACGGCGGGCGGCACUAGAGGGAGCUGCGGCCGCGCCCGCCCCGCCGCGCCGGCCCGGCCCCGAGCGCCGCCUCCCCAGCCAGCGCCGCCGCGAUGGCGGAGGACAGCGAGUCUGCGGCCAGCCAGCAGAGCCUGGACCUGGACGACCAGGACACGUGCGGGAUAGACGGAGACAAUGAGGAGGAGAUGGAGCACGCCAAAGGAAGUCCUGGAGGGUAUUUGGGAGCCAAAAAGAAAAAGAAGAAACAGAAGAGAAAAAAGGAGAAACCAAAUUCCGGAGGCACCAAGUCAGAUUCGGCGUCUGAUUCCCAGGAGAUUAAAAUUCAGCAGCCUUCGAAACACAACACCAUCUGGCAGCAGAUUUCAGCGGGAACAGCCAUGGAAUCCCAGCGUUCCAAUGGAGAAGUUACAGGAUAUCCAGAGAGCAAUGGAGCUGUUAUCCGCAUGCCAGGGCCCAGCCAGGAACAUUGAUGAGGCUGCAAAGCACAGAUACCAGUUUUGGGACACACAGCCAGUACCUAAACUAGAUGAAGUCAUAACAUCUCAUGGUGCAAUUGAACCAGAUAAAGACAAUGUACGCCAAGAACCAUAUUCUUUGCCACAGGGUUUUAUGUGGGACACUUUAGACUUGAGUAAUGCCGAAGUGCUCAAGGAGUUAUACACGUUGUUAAAUGAGAAUUACGUAGAAGAUGAUGACAAUAUGUUCCGAUUUGACUAUUCACCCGAGUUCCUGUUGUGGGCUCUGCGUCCACCAGGCUGGCUCCUGCAGUGGCACUGUGGGGUCAGAGUGUCUUCAAACAAAAAACUGGUCGGGUUCAUAAGCGCCGUCCCAGCAAACAUUCGGAUUUAUGACAGUGUGAAGAAGAUGGUAGAAAUCAACUUUCUUUGUGUUCAUAAGAAGUUGAGAUCCAAACGGGUAGCUCCAGUGCUAAUCCGAGAAAUCACUAGAAGAGUGAACCUGGAAGGGAUCUUCCAGGCUGUGUACACCGCGGGAGUGGUUCUUCCUAAGCCUGUGGCCACGUGCAGAUACUGGCAUCGAUCCCUAAACCCCAGAAAACUGGUAGAAGUGAAAUUUUCUCACUUGAGUAGAAAUAUGACUUUACAGAGAACAAUGAAACUCUACAGACUUCCAGAUGUUACGAAGACUUCAGGUUUGAGACCAAUGGAACCAAAAGAUAUCAAAUCCGUUCGAGAAUUAAUCAACACUUACCUGAAGCAGUUUCAUCUGGCUCCAGUGAUGGAUGAAGAGGAAGUAGCCCACUGGUUCCUCCCCCGGGAGCACAUUAUUGACACGUUUGUAGUGGAGAGCCCCAACGGUAAACUGACUGACUUCCUGAGCUUCUAUACGCUCCCCUCCACGGUGAUGCACCACCCUGCUCACAAGAGCCUCAAAGCCGCCUACUCAUUCUACAACAUCCACACAGAGACGCCUCUGCUGGACCUCAUGAGCGACGCGCUCAUCCUCGCUAAAUCGAAAGGAUUUGAUGUAUUCAAUGCACUGGAUUUGAUGGAAAAUAAGACAUUCUUGGAAAAACUCAAGUUUGGUAUAGGAGAUGGCAAUUUGCAGUAUUACCUGUACAAUUGGAGGUGUCCAGGUACAGAUUCUGAAAAGGUUGGACUAGUACUACAAUAGAUGGAUAUUUUUAUUUCUAGAACUCUGACAUCAUCAUUUGUUAAUAUUUAAUGAUUUCUGGAACUGCCAUUCCAAAGAAGAAUAAAAGCACAACUCAAGUGAGAUUGAAGUAGUCGAUAAUCAGAAAAGAUGACAAAAGUCCACAUGUGACAUUUGUACACAUUUCUAGCUAGAAUGUUAAAGUUCAUCCUCUUUUCACUGUUGACCUAUUUGUGGGAGGGAUGAAAGGCUAUAAAGAGCACACUCUUGUAAUUUUCAAAUUUUUGCCUGUCUCUUGAAGAGAGGUGUUUUUUCACCCUUAGAAAAGGGACUAAUUUUCUACGGACUAAGUAGAAGUUACAGUCAUGUAAGAAAAAUCUUUGCUAUUGUGUGGAGAUGAACUGCUGCAUUUCUGUUUCUUAAGUGAUGGUACAUUUGUCCAUGUAACAGAACAAAAGAUCCAUUUGGAAAUUUUUUUUACUGGUAUCGCCUUACAUGGUUAUCACUGGGAACAUUUAUGGAAUCAACACUUCUGUAGCUCAGUGACAGGUGGGGGUUAUUUAAGUGCAGAGCAAUAUUAAAAUGUACUGGUGACUAGUACAUGUAUUUCUCCAUAAGCAGAGCUGCCAAAUCAGUAAACAUACAAGUUUGUACUUUGAUCUUCACCAGGUCAGUGGAUUGCUUGAAAAGCAAAGUUUUCUGCAAGCACUCACUAUGCUCUCUAUAAGAGCCUGUGGCCGGGCGCGGUGGCUCACGCCUGUAAUCCCAGCACUUUGGGAGGCCGAGGCGGGCGGAUCACGAGGUCGGGAGAUGGAGACCAUCCCAGCCAACACGGUGAAACCCCGUCUCUAUUAAAAAUACAAAAAUUAGCUGGGCGUGGUGGCGUGCGCCUGUAAUCCCAGCUACUUGGAAGGCUGAGGCAGGAGAAUCACUUGAACCCAAGAGGUGAGGUUGCAGUGAGCCGAGAUGGAGCCACUGCACUCCAGCCUGGGUGACAGAGCACAAGACUCCGUCUCAAAAAAAAGAAGAAAAAAGAAAGAGCCUGUGCCCACGACUAACUAGACUUUUCUGCUGUUGUGCAAAGUUCAGUUUCUUCUCAGCAACAUCAAGGAUAUAUGAAGAAAAGGAAAUAAAAACUGUAAAGUCAAAAGAGAUGCCUGGUGGAACUUAUUCAUGCUAUCAGGGCAUUGAUAGUUUGAAUGUUUUUAUUACUUACGCAAAAUUGCACAUACUCCUCUACGCUGACUUUAUCAUGAAAACUGUCAUGUGUCAUGCUAAUGGAAAAUGUCUUAUUUGUAAAUAAGUAUUCAUAAUUUUGUUACUGAUGGUGUUUUUAAUCUAGAAUUUGAAAAACUU